UUUCGUCAAGCUUCCGGUUCUUCGCUGCUGGAGGGUCCAGCCGUGGAGCGUUGUGGGUUCUCUGGCUCCUGUCAAAGGAUGCACGUUGGAUGAAUCUCCCUGGAUGCGCUGGAUGAACUGCACGACGAGACGUCAGAGCAUGAGAUGGAAGUGUUCCGGUGAAGUGCUCCAGCUCAUGCGCUACAACAACACCAACAACUACUUCAUCAAGAAGGAAGAAGACGAAGCUCUUUCGCUGGUCCCAGGUCGGCCGAGUUACCUCUCAGGGAUGGAAACAGAGCUGUCUGAGCUGUCAUGGUCCUCGGCAUACAACACCGCGGCCAAAGGUUCAGACAUAGCGGGCCCGUCUACGUCACCAUCCAUCUACAAUGACUCGCCGGAGCGCAGGUACGAGCAAGCAGCCGACACCACAGAGAUCGAGCAGGAAGUAUGGUUCCGGACGUUAGCGGAGACCGAGAAGGCAGCUUCGGCCCGUGCGGCCACCUUGUUUCCAAGAAAGAAAUCAACUUCGCGUGAAAGAACCCGCAACACUAGAGCACUUCCCAAGUCACCAGCCCUAACCUCUAAGCUCACGUCACAAAUCCUACAAUUUUCGACAGUAAGGAUACAGCCGAAGCCGAUGCACAGUUCGCCGCACCCACCGACGAUGACAACGUCCCUUCCCACAAGAAAGACGCCGCAAAUGCCCAAAGCGUCAUCUUCUCCCGUAACCGCGAAAUCAACAGCACCUUCAGAAACCAAACUUCCAUUCAUAGUCUGUGUUAUGGGAGGCGAGCUUCGCACCACCAUGCCUCCACCGGAUGGUCUGUGCGUCUUCAUAAUUUUCGAGCACGUUCGAGUUGCAAGGCAGUCUGAUGUCUUCAUCGCCUCUUCUAACCAGGUGGCCUUCGACAACUACAUGAAGAUGGCGGCAGGGAAUAGAACAGAACAGUUUCUGCUUUCUCUGAGCGCUACCUGGGAGUACGACGAGAGCAUCGGGGUACGCGGCCGUGCCGUGGCCAUCAUGCGGAGGUACCGCGACCAGAACGUGCACGGCUACGGGUUUGCCCACUACCGAGUGACCAGCACGGGCAUCGACAGCGGCAUGCUCUGGAAGCAACAUCGCAUGCUCUCCAAUCUUAGGCAUUGGUCAAAGGAUCCGGUCGUCCUGUUUCUAGGAAUCGAAAUCUACCCCCACCGAAGUUACUCCGACGCCUACAUCACAGGACUUGUGGCGGAUGCAGCCGGAUACAUGGACUUUCUCAUUCUUCGCACGCACAUAACCACGCCACCUUGCCUGGGAUCGAAGCAUUGUCAAGUUGAGCUCAUCAGCAGCUGGACAAAGGAUGGCCUCAAUGACAAGCUCCUUUUGAGUGUGGAAGAAGCUGCCAGUGUAUUGAAUUCGUCGAGGCUUCAGCGUAACGUGACUGUGCCCUUGCUGCUGUCCCACUCGCUCGCCGUGGUCGAGUACGUGGUGGAUGAGGACCCCCAUAUAGUGGAACCUCGACUCCUCAAUCUCAAAUGCAGCAGCAGCAGCCUCCAACCAUUCGGCACGGUGUGCCAUUCCAACUCGACGUUCCUGAAAGGCGGACGGACGAAACCAACAUUCUGCCACUACGAUGAUGACCCCAAAAGUGGGCGCUGGCGAACCUACACGACCGCCGUGGACAUUGUUAACAAAAUGCAAUCUGUGGCGUACAGUGCGGCCCCGUCGGUGAUUGAGAGUCUGGGCUGGGCCUUCUAUGACGUCGAUCUCGAAGACUAUGGCGGCGACUGCGCCGCCUACUGGCGUGUUAAUCGUGGAACCUUGAGAGACAGCAAAACUGCCGCUUACUACCGAUUGAAAUACGCCGUGCGACAACUGAGUGGACUAAGGUACAAACAGCCUGCGGUGACGAAAAUUCAAAAAGGCGCAGGUGUUUCUGAAGACGCAUGGAAAGGGACGGCUCCUUCCAACCGGUAUAGCAGCAUCGCGACAAGAAUAUUCAGAUGACUACCGAGAAGUAAACAACUCCUGUUCUCGACUGUAAUUACUCCAAACUACCGAAAUCUUGCCACUCGCUAAUGUUUUUAUUUCUCUUGUUUAUGCGUAUUCUCGUUUAUUAUCAGGAAACCUUUUAUUAUUAUCAUUAUUUUAUUAUUUUAUUAUUACCAGGAAACCUUUUAUUAUUCCUUGUUUUGAUAUAGCAUAAGUUAAGGACAUUUUCAUGCAGGCUUUACCUCCAGUGUAUGAGACAAGUUUAAUGUUCACAUUACCGCGACUUCCUGUUGUGCCUUGUUUACACGGACCCAAUACUUGCUUCAACGUAUCGAGCUGUUUUCGUGAUUAUAUGCAUUCAGUAUAUGCACUAGUGCAAUUUUGCACGUAUUUUGCGACCCCAUGUAUCAUGCACACUUUAUUACGUACCAUGUUCAUAUACAGGCAUUUUGCGCUUGCGUGUCGUUAUAUCUUAAGCUGUCUUGCAUUGCCCAUAAUGAACUUUUUGUGGACUUUUAUGGAUGGUUGAUCCGCUCAUCAACCGUCAGGCAUGUUGCAACCGUCACCAAUUCGGCACAUUACUCGUCCGAUGUUAUUGCAUGCGUUCACCCACACCAAACAGUAUCACUGAAUAUGCGUUCGAAGGCAUUGAUCAUUUAGCAAUAAAAUGGAACCCGUUUGGU